AUGUCGAAUGAAAAGUUGCAGAACAAGCAACGAAUUUCGUCAAGACAGAUAUUCAUUAAACCUAAGUGCUACAAAUUACAAAAAUAUCAGUGGAUUUUCACAAUACCUACCUUGAAAUGCUAUUGGUUGGUCUCGUUUCGUGCCGAGUUGUCCCCAACGGCAUGUGCUAUCUCCAUUCUCCACAAGAACACGAGGCUGUAUCAUCACAUUACUUUCUGUGGACCCUUGUAUAUUUGUUCCUGCAAAGAAAUACAAUUUCCGUUGCUCAGUUUACUUAAAGGACACAUGAGGAUGGAUCAUACAGGAAGAGAAGAAUCCGCAAAAUUUAAUUUGAACCUCACAAAGCAGCAAAGUUUGAGUACAUCAGUAUAGUGUUUUUUUUUGGCUAAAAAAAUGUUUCAAAAAUCUACCCAAAUUAAAAGCACAACACUUUAACUUUUCUGAUUCCCAUGUCAAAAUGAAGGUAAAAGUUUCUGCUGCACAAAUGAGCCAUACUGUUGCAGCUGCAAUUGAAACAUAUGUUUCUACUCACACAUUACCAUCUGAAGCUAUUCAUACAGCUGAGUUUGUGGAAAAGGUAGAUAUUCUCUUUGAUUCACUCAACAGUAAUGAGCAAUAUCCCAGAGAUGGGAAACAAUUGAGGUGUGCUUUAUCAGAAAAUUCGCCACAUUUAGAAAUGUGGUAUAGCAUAUUGAGGGAAAUAGGCAACUGGCAAAUAAUAGAUUUGAAAUGGGAAGAAACAAGAGUAAUAUGUUUAGCUUCAUAAAAGGUUGGCAGAUUACAUUGCAGUCUAUUAUUUUCUUGUGGAAGGCCAUGAAAGUGGUUGGCUUUAAGUACUUAAAUUUAAAUGCGUUCAAUCAAGAUGCUUUAGAAAAUUUCUUUUGUUGCAUAAGACAACAUUGUAUUUCUAAUACAAACCCAACUUGUUUUCAGCUUGUACAAGCUCUGAAGACUUGUGUUGUCAAUCAUAUGACUUUGCCUUGCAGUGUGUGUCACUUUUUGGCAGCUAGUGGUAGGAGUGAACAUUUAAGUGAAUGUGAGAUGAAUGACACUGAUAGACCUGAGCAAAUUUAUUCUUACUCAGAUGGUAUCAUCGAGUCUUAGAAGAUCAACAAUCCUUAGCCUAUGUAGCAGGCUAUGUACUAAAAGGCAUAGAUGUACAAGAUGAUUGUGAAACAUGUAAUACCAGUCUCUACUCCUCUGAUGUGACUGAAAAUCGUUUGUUUACCUCAUUUAAACAGAAUAGUGAGGAGCAUUCUCAUUUGAAAUAUGCAAGUGAAAGGGUCAUAAUUUUCCUAAAGGCACUCCAUGAUCAGCUGUAUGAGUAUCUAAAUAGUCAUGGUCACACAACAAGACUACACGAUAAUUUUUAAAAAACAUUUGUUCUGUCUCAUACAACAAUUUAUAAUAAACGUGACAUUGAAGAGAGACUUCUGAAGACAAGUAUUCCAUUUAUAAUAUACAAGUAUGUGAAAGAAAAGAAAUUUACAAACGAUUGGAAAUUGUUUAUGCAACAACUUAAAAAGGCGUUCAAAUCUUGUUAAAAGACUUUGUAUUUUGUUUAUUAUGUGUACAAAGAGAGUAAGCUCCCUAUACAUAUACAAAUGUUGUGUUAAAAAAGCAGAGAAUUACAUGUUCUUGUAUCAAAACAUGUCUUUGAUUUGUUAUGACAAAAACUGGCAAUUCAGCAGGAACAUAACUUAACACUUCCUAGAUGUGAUGAUUGGGUUUUAAAAGUAUAAUGAAUAAAGUGCUGUCAAGGGGAAUUUGUGUUAAUUUUCAGUAGUGUACCAAACAAAGUUUUCGAAGAGGAAGUAAAUAAAUAAAAAUGUUAAAAAUAAA